AUGGUACCCAAUUUGCCUGGCUUUUACUACGAUAGAGAACGCCGACGUUAUUUCCGUAUAUCUGAAAAUCGAGGCGUUCUCACCACAGAAACAACGAGCCGGUACAUUAAAGAUAAUAUAAAGCGGCAAGGUAUUCAGGCAGGAUAUGAUAAGCAGCUCUCUAUAAUAAAAAAAAAGCGUCAACAAACAUUGGAAAAGUAUAAGAUCAAUGUUCUCAAUCCGUUAGAACGUGCGUUUCGACCUUUACCGUAUGGAAAGUACAUGGUUGGCCUAAGCCUGCAGCAUGCAUUCCUUUCUCGCAACCAAAAUUGUAACCCCUAUCGUCCUGUUACUACAAAACUGUUUGAUGUUCCAAACAGAACGCAAAUAGGGACAUUGGGAAAUAAUAUUUUGUUAGUUGCUGAAGAAGGAUCCUUUCAAGAUAAAAUAGCAUUUUCAACAAACAAGGGUUACGUCGCAGGUUUUUCAUCUCUCAGUAAUUGUUCUGAAGAGAAUUUUUUUAUUGGCUUUUCCAUGACUGAAUUCAAUUCUGUGCUAAAACAUAAAAGCGAACCAACCGAUGUGUUUGAAACAAUGAAGUUAGAGCGAACAGUUGCCACUAUGGAAGGGCCGAGCAAGUAUUUUUAUCAUAAUAUUAAUACUAGGUCUAACGUGCAUACUUUUGUCAUACUGUUACAAGAUACUUCAUCAUUAAAAGUGCUUAAAGUUCGUCAACUCAAAUUUAAAGAUAAUGAUUGCGUACAUGAUUCUCUUAUUGCCGGGGACACAUUAGCUAUUGCUGUAAAUGAUUGCUGCCGUUUCUAUAAUUUGAUUCCCGAAUCUUUUCCCAAACCCUCUUAUUUUUUUCCUGACAUAAACUCAAGGAAAUCCAAAAGAAGGAGUGAUAUUACGUCUUUAUCAUUUUGUCUUCGACGGAAUACACCAUUACCACUAAAAACAUUGAAUUCUGCUAUAUUAUACGUGGGAUUUAGAAAUGGACACUCUGUGGCUAUUUUCUUGAACAAUAUUAGAAAUAUGACCUUAUUACAAUACUUUAAGGUUAACAAGAGGACCCUAGAAGAACAAAAACAUCCUAUCGGAACCUUGUUAAAAUCUAUUGUUUCCAUAAAAGCAUUGAACAAUAAGGGCUCUAUUAUUAUAUCAGGAAUGGCAGACAAAGAGAGUACGCAAAAAUUAAUCAUAACUGACAUAUUUUUUGAGGACGCGGCAACCAAAGAACCAGUUGUGUCUUUCAAAACUAAGUUCUUGAACGUGACUAAGGAAAAAGAAAUAUUUGAAGUAUCAGAUGAUGGACAUUACUUCAUUUACGGUUCCACUAGCGCUAGGAAUGGAAGGGGUGAUUUUGAAGUGUUUUGUACCAUUUUAUCUAGAAAUCUCGACCACGAAAAAUCCAAAAAUGGAAAUAUCACAUUGUAUCCGAUAAGAGCUAUGAGAGACUAUUGCGGGCCAGAGAAUUUUCGGUCUGAGUUUAUUUAUUUACACUCAAUAUUGAUGCCGCCAAAUUAUGUAAAGAUGGGUAACGCUACAGGAACUUUUAGUGGAGAAGCUAGUGCUUCAUUCCAUGAUAUUUUUGAAAAAGCGCUUUCUCAAAAAAUAUAUUUCUUAACCAGAAGAGAAGACAGUCCAUACAACGGGGCUAAUGUUUUUGUGACUUCUACCCUGGCCUAA